GGACUCCAUGAUAUAACUUCUAUUUAGGUAGUUUUUUCUUCUUGAGGAAUUGCAUAAAAUAAACUAUGACAGGGUUGUGUUCUCUUGAUAUUGUGCCGUUUGCUACACUUGGUCUUGCCCUAUUCACAAUCGCAUUCAGCUUCUAUGUUUGGCGUGAAGAUGAGGGCUUACAAUCCGUAGCCUUUUGUGGGUAUGAGAAGGGAGCAAAUUUUGCAUACAAAGCCUUCGCCAGUAACUUCAGCCACUUAACUUAUUUGCAUUUAUCUUUAAAUGUCCUCUUUUUGCUUGACAUUGGGUUUGAUUUAGAGAAGCGACUUGGAAGUUUUGGUUUUGCUUUCCUUUAUGGGAUAUCUAUGUUCGGUGUCAUCGUCUUGGGGUGCGCUUUCCAUGAAUUAAUCUACAGUGAAUGCUCGGUUGGUGCCAGUGCUGUACUUUUUUCGAUAUUCGCAUUUUGGUGCUAUAAUUGUGAGGGUAACCUUCUUUUGUGGGGCAUUUUAUCUAUUAAUCCAAUUUUUGUGCCCUGGGUAUUACUCAUCAUGUGUCAACUAUUCUUUUGGUCUAGUGCAUUUGGGAUGCAUAUUUGUGGCAUUGUGUUUGGAAUUAUCACUUACUAUAUCGUUCCAAAGUCUUUCUGGGAUACUCUGAAGUGUGAUCGUGGCGCUUACCGUGAAUUAACCACUGACAAUGUUAUUGAUAAGGACUAUCCGUCUGACAAUGUCCACAUAACGUUUAGCGGAAAUAAGAGUUUCGAAAAUAAAACGCAUCCGCAUAGUCUAGUAUGAACUAUAGUGAUUUCAAGGUAAUUUUCAUCCUGUUAUGCUGCUAUUUUCCGUCACUUUGGAUUUUUAUUUAUGGAUAAUAAUUCCCAACUCAAGCGUAUGCCUAUGUAUGACUAUACAGUAAUGAAGCGUUUCAUUCAAAAAAAUAUCUUAAUUUCAUUAUUUACAAUGCUUGACUUUUGCUUUUA